AUGGCUUCCCAGAACCAGAGGUCUUCGGGUUACAGGAGCAGGCACGGUGGGGCUGACACAGGAUGGAGGCAGGUGGGACUGCAUCACAGCACGUCGUCUCUAGGUAACACCGUUCUUGCUGAGGGUGCCUCUCGGCCACCUCCAUUAACCCGGUACCUGCACUGCUACCACACACUGGAGAGCAGAGUUGGGGGUCUUCUAGGGCUGGCUCUCCACCUGGCACCUCUGGGCAGCAGCUUCGUCACCCUGCACGUAAAGAACAGUGACGGUUUUAACGUCACGGUGAAUAACUGCCGCAGCAGGGAGCAGAUGAACGAUUGUUCACGCACCCCCGCCUCCCUGGUGUUUGGCUUUUGGAUAGUCUAUCGAUGUUGCUUCCUGGAUUUCUGCAACAAUCCAACAGACAGGAAGACCACUAUGCGCUAGGACAGCAGGAACCCUGCUGUGUCCAGACACACUCUGGAUUUCCACCUGGGCCCAGCCAGGACAACUCCACAGCUCUCACAGCAGCCCUCCCUGCCUCUCACAUCAGGGGCCCCUUCCUGGCCUCUCCUCUCCAUCCGA